AUGGCUGGAAAAAAAUACCAUCAGAACCACAGGACUAAGAAGCAGACCAUCUCCAGAUCCACCAGAACAGAGCUGCAGUUCCCUGUGAGCCGCGUGGACCGCCUCCUGAGACAAGGUCACUAUGCCCAGCGUCUAAGCUUUUUUACACCCGUUUUCCUGGCUGGUGUCCUUGAGUACCUGACCGCUAAAAUCCUGGAUCUGGCAGGUCAAGAGGCCCACAGCAACCGCAAGAUGCGCAUCACCCCGGAGCACGUGGGGAAGGUGCUGGAGAAGAAUCGGCAUCUCUAUCGCCUCUUCGAGGAUAACGCCAACCCUCCAGAUGUCAAGAAACCAAAAAAGAGUAAGAAGUCGCUGGCUCGCCCCCACCCCGCCCCGCCCGCAGACAAGACCGAGACCAAGAACAGCCCCGAGUAUGCUUCAUUCUUUUCGGUCAUGGGUGCUUCGUCCCCCAUGAUCUUCAGCGCCCUGGGUGCCGCCUAUGGCACGGCCAAGAGUGGCACCGGCAUCGCAGCCAUGUCAGUCAUGAGGCCGGAGCUGAUCAUGAAGUCCAUCAUCCCAGUGGUCAUGGCUGGGAUCAUCACCAUCUACAGCCUGGUGGUGGCAGUCCUCAUCGCCAACUCCCUGAAUGAUGGUAUUAGCCUCUACAGGAGUUUCCUCCAGCUUGGUGCAGGCUUGAGCGUUGGCCUGAGUGGCCUGGCAGCUGGCUUUGCCAUUGGCAUUGUGGGGGAUGCCAGUGUUUGGGGCACUGCCCAGCAGCGGCUGUUUGUGGGCAUGAUCCUGAUCCUCAUCUUCGCUGAGGUGCUUGGCCUCUAUGGUCUCAUGGUGGCCCUCAUACUUUCCACAAAGUAG